AUGCGCUAUUCAAAUUUAGUUAGCGUAGUGUCCCUCUUGUGGGUGAGUCAAUCCUCCUGCCAGGCACUGAACGCAUUUCAGAAGUUUUUCGGUAUUCAAUCGACUAAUAGUCACAGUCACAGCGAGCUGGUAUUCCUUGAGCACGACUACGUGAAUGGAGGUUUAGCCAAUGAGGUUCACUACUCGGAGCUCCAUACAUCGGAUUGGCCGAUAGAACUCACUCAGUACACUACUGACAUGGUCAUAAGGGUAGACUUCAGCGAGAAUAAGAGGUUUAAAGAGUACUUGUUACUAAACAAGCACCAAAAAGAGAGCAGGGCAGAAAGUGAUAUACUGUUUAAAGUAUGGGCCAAAUCAGAAACAAAUUCGUACAUUGACCUUCAGAUUGACGAGGAGAAUUUCAUCGCUUUAAUCGAGAAGUUCUCUACAAAGGAGAGGGAAUUGAGCUAUGAGGUGUUAAUUGAAGACUUGGCGCAGAAGAUCUUUGAAUCUUAUCCUGCGCCAGUAGUCCAAUCCAACGAUUACGACGAGGAUAACAUCCGUACGUUGGCACAGUCGGCAGCUUGGAAUAAGUGGACUGCUAAGAGCAGCGUGGAGAACGAGGAGUUAGAGCGUGCUUACACCACAGCCAAACAGGAUCCAUCUAUGGUGAAUAUGUUAAGUUAUUCAGAACUAUUCUUCAAAGAUUACCGUCCACUUGAUAGCAUUGAAGCUUGGCUUGACCUACUCGUACAGACGUUCCCCAACCUUCUUUCAAUCGAAGAGAUCGGGACUACAUACGAGCAUAGAACCUAUAAGGUAGUUCAUUUCCUGGCAAAUCCUCCUGAUGAUGGCAGUGACCACGAGCGUAAGAAAACAGUCGUAAUUACAGGGGGUGUGCAUGCUAGAGAAUGGAUCUCUGUUUCGUCCGUUUGCUAUACCAUGUACGAAAUGUUGCAAUAUUACGCAGAACAUCCGGAGGAACACGGCAUGUUAGACCAACUUGACUUUCUUUUCAUUCCUGUUUUAAAUCCCGAUGGAUACGUUUACUCGUGGUUACAUGAUAGACUCUGGAGGAAGAACCGCCAAGAAACUACGUACCCUAAGUGUUUUGGUAUUGAUAUUGAUCAUUCAUAUGACUUCCAUUGGACAAAGCUGUCAGAUUGGCCAUGCGGGGAGGAAUAUCUGGGAGAAGUUCCUUUUGAAGCCAUAGAGCUGAGGAUUUGGGAAGAGUUUUUGAACACUACCAACCAUAAUCACGAAAUCCAUGGAUAUAUAGAUUUGCACUCAUAUUCGCAAGAAAUCUUGUACCCAUACGCUUUCUCAUGUCAACAACUGCCAAGGGAUGAAGAAAACUUGAUUGAAUUGGCAUAUGGUAUAUCUAAGGCUAUUAGACUACAAUCAGGCAAGAACUACCAAGUCCUUCCAGCCUGUGUAGAUAAGGACCUGGACUUGUUACCGGACUUAGGUUCUGGAAGUGCAUUGGACUAUAUGUACCACCAUAAGGCAUACUGGGCAUAUCAAUUAAAACUUAGAGAUAGUGGUAGCCAUGGCUUUUUGUUGCCAGGCAAGUACAUAGAGCCCGUGGGGAAAGAAGUUUAUGCUGGUAUACGAUACUUCUGCUCUUUUAUACUUAGAGAUGAUUAA